AUGGCGAACGUCGCAUUGAUCGGUGGCACCGGCAUGGUGGGCUCCCACAUCCUCACCAGCCUAAUUGCCAAUCCCUCCGUAACCCGCGUGGACACCAUCUCCCGGCGCACCCCGCCCGCGGCCGGCGGCACGCCCCCAGCCAAACUCACCAACUUCGUCUCCGGCGACACCGCCACCUGGCCCAGCCAGCUCUCCUCUCUAAGCCCCACCCCCAGCAUCUUUAUCUCCGCCUUCGGAACCACCCGCGCAGCUGCCGGCGGCUUCGACAACCAGUACAAAAUCGAGCACGGGCUGAACGUCGAGAUGGCCAAGGCUGCGCGCGAAGCCGGCACCCGGGUUUGCGUGUUGGUCUCGUCUAGCGGCGCCAGCAAGAAUUCCAGCAUGGCAUACCCGCGCAUGAAGGGUGAGAUUGAGGAGGAUAUCAAGAAUCUUGGAUUUGAGCGCACGGUUAUCCUGCGUCCUGGGUUGAUUGCUGGGACGAGGGAGGAGAGCCGGCCUCUUGAGGCUGGGGCUCGGUUCCUUGCUAAUUGGGCUGGUAAGUUGCAUUCUGGUUUGAAGGAUGGGUGGGCUCAGGAUGCGGAUGUUAUUGGUAAGGCUGCUGUCAAUGCUGGCUUGAAGGCACUGGAGGGUGAUGUUCCUGCGGGUAGCGAGAAGGUUUGGGUUUUGCAUGGUUCCGAUAUUAUCAAGUACAGUAAGGACGGCUCGUCUUGA